CUUAACGUAAUAAAUGGAAAAUCCACAAAAUUCGGGAGAGGUGACAGAAAAAGAGAGGUUGCCAAGAUCAUCAACCAUUUCAACAAUUAGAAAUUUUUAUGAUUUUGCAAUCCUUCACCCUUCUUCCUUAAUUUCUAUGAUUUUGCAAUCUUUAUGAGUUGAAUUUUCUAUGAAUUCGAAAUCUUUAUGAGUUGAAAUUUUUUUAUUGAUAUUAUUCUCUUUUUUACAUAUAAUAACAAAAGAAUUAGAGCUUGAUAAUUCUUAUCUCUUGUCAUUCUCCUCUAAACUCUCCAUUGUUCACCAACCCAUGAUCUUUUUUUAAUCCAACAAAAAGAAACCCCUUUAUUUGAUGUUGAGGGAAUGAGCAAAUGUACAUUACAAGGGUAAAAUAUUGAUUGAAAUCUCAUAAUAGAAAUUUCCAUCUAAAAGGGCACAGAAGUUAAUUAAUCAUGGGUUCUACAACUCCCAACCCAGCUAGGGUUAUGAGAUUCACCAAGGAGUUGUCAAAGGCAACUAUAAUAAUAGAGAGGCUUCGUGAGUUGGCUUGGAAUGGUGCACCAACUUAUAUGCGGCCUGAUGUGUGGAGGCUCCUCUUGGGAUAUGCACCAUCUAAUUCGGAUAGGAGGGAGGGAGUUUUGAAAAGGAAGCGACUCGAGUACCUUGAAUGUGUAGCCCAGUUUUAUGACAUCUCCGAUCUCGAACGUUCAGAAGAUGAAGCCAACAUGCUUCGUCAGAUAUCUGUCGAUUGCCCAAGAACCGUACCAGAUGUCACAUUCUUCCAACAACCGGAAGUUCAAAAAUCCUUGGAGCGUCUUCUCUAUAUAUGGGCAAUAAAACACCCGGCAAGUGGUUAUGUGCAAGGGAUAAAUGAUCUUGUGACGCCAUUUUUGGUCGUUUUCUUGUCUGAGCACUUGGAAGGCGACAUAGAUAGCUGGUCUAUCUUUGAUCUUCCUCCAAACAAAAUUUUGGAUAUAGAAGCAGAUUGUUAUUGGUGCUUGUCCAAGUUGCUCGAUGGAAUGCAAGACCAUUACACGUUUGCUCAGCCAGGAAUCCAAAGGCUUGUUUAUAAACUCAAGGAAUUGGUUAGACGAAUUGAUGAGUCCGUCUCAAAACACAUGGAAGAACAAGGACUCGAGUUUAUUCAAUUUGCUUUCCGCUGGUUCAAUUGUCUCUUGAUACGCGAGAUCCCAUUUCAUCUGGUCACACGAUUGUGGGAUACUUAUCUUGCAGAAGGAGAUACACUGCCUGAUUUCCUUGUUUACAUAUUUGCUAGCUUUCUUUUAACCUGGUCUGAAACUCUUAAAAAACUAGAUUUUCAAGAGAUGGUAAUGUUUCUACAACACCUUCCAACCCACAAUUGGACGCACCAAGAGCUAGAGGUGGUACUUUCCCAGGCAUAUAUGUGGCAUAGCAUGUUCAUCAACUCUCCAAGCCACUUGAUGACUAACUAAUUAUUAAUCAUAUGCAAUCUCCCAAAUGUAUGUAUAAAUAUUUCUAUCAAUAUUAUGGAUAAUCAGUUUUGUAAUUUCUGUAUAUAAGUAUCUAAUUUAGAACCGACAUAAAAUGUUUUCGAUGUAACAUGUACAAUUUUUUCUUUUUAUUGAAAUGUAACAUGUACAAUUGAGUGAAGGUUAACACUACCUGUAUCAUCCUAGGUUAGGGAUGACAAUUUCGACCUGACCCGUUUUACCCGAGCUGUUUGACCUGAUUUGGGGCGGGUAUGGGUACCUCUCAUCGACCUGACCUGCCCCGACCCGCCUCAUUCUUGACCUGUUCUUGUCUAAAUGACAUGUAAUCUUAGUAAAAUUAUUUAGAACUUUCCUCUUAUUAUCUCAUAUUUUAGCUAUAAUAAACUUGUAAAUAAGUGAAAACCUUAAUUUCUCCAAUAAUAUAACUACAUUUCAUCAUAUUAUGGUUUCUUUCUUGGCCUUUUUAAUGAAAAUAACGAAUAUUU